UAUGCAAGCUAUACAAUUUUGUGGUAAGUGUGAUCAGCGUUUGUUUCAGACAGAUGUCUCGCAACAUAUUCUUCAAUCAACUAGUACUGGAAUGAAUCAACAGAUGGCAGUUUCACUCUGAAUGCAGAUUGGCUAAUAUCAUUUUGGGCGUGUAAGAUGCACUUCUGCAUGUAGCCGCUCAUGCAUCAGUACGCCCUCCCCCCCCCCAAAAAAAAUCCAUUACUGCACAUACCGGUUCACGCAGUGUCUACCAGAGAGAGCCGUGCAGAGAUUAGCAGUAAUUAGAUUUAACCCCCCCCCACUCUAAAUUCCGCAGCACUCGUCAAUCAACCAAUCAAAAUGUUAUAACAGACUGUUGUGGUGUAAACAAAAUACAUGGUGCUUUUUGUGGUAUUCGCGUUUUGAUUUUGUAACCCGGCACAAGCUAAGAAUUCCGAAAACAAACCUCCAUUCCUGCCUUCCUUUUACAGGAAAUUAUCUUAAACUGGGAUAAUUUUUCGGAAUGAUGGAUGAAGUGAAUGAUCCCGAAAUUGUGGAAACUGCCGUUUUCUUACAUACAGCAGCAAAUGCUUUAUCUACAACUUGUCCAGCGGCAUCUAGAUACUACAUGUCAACACUAAACAGGCACAUAGGUAAUCAAUUGUUGUCUCGCUCAUUUGCAAAGCCUCAUAGUUAUUGCAAAUAUUGUGGCAGUUUAUUCAAGCAUUUGAAUCACAAAGUACGAAUCCAGCCAAUCCCAUCUCCAAAUCGUCACAUCAAGAAACUUAUUAAAUGGGAAAAAGAGCAACCAUGGAAACUAAAUAACCAACAGAAAAAGAAGUUGAAGAAAUAUAGAAAUUCAACAAACAAAAUUAUUUAUACUUGCAAUAUCUGCAAAAAAAGAACACCAUUUGUUGGCUUGAAAAAAUAUAGUGCAAAAGAACAAGACGUGCCAAUCAACACAUCAACACCAAAAAUUAAAUUGAAGAAGGGAGAUUUAAAUGCUGGAUUAUUUAUAAAAACUCCAAUAGAGGAAAAAAUUCAAAAUAAACUAGUGGUGAAUAAUCAAGAUGUAAAAUCUCAAAAUGAAGUUCCUUCUGAAGUAUCAACAUCCGAAUUAAUGGAUACUUUCAAUCCAAAUAAUGGAUCAUCAAUUACAAGAAAAACUCAAUUCACAUCAGAAAUAAUGAAGAAAAAUGUGAAACCACAAAUGUCUUCCAGUAAAAAGAAGAAAAAGAAAGGCUUGUUGGUACAGAUUUUAAAUCAAGAGCAAGAAGCAAGACGACAAAAGAAAACCUUGUCAUCAUUUCUUACUUCUUUGUGAUAGAGAUUGAAAACUCAUAUACACUGUUGUAUUUUAUACAAUAUAUUUUAUUUAAAAUAAAUUUUACUAUGUACAGCAGAAUAUA